UAUUUGAUUUAUGUUGACAAUUCGAAUGUUUUGAAAAAAAUUUUGAUCAUACAAAUUCUAUGAAAUGCCGUCGACAAAACUAGACAAUUACGAAGUUUUAGAAACCAUAGGCUCUGGGUCCUAUGGGACGUGUAGAAAAGUACGAAGAAGGUCUGAUAAUAAGAUACUGGUAUGGAAAGAAUUAGACUAUGGAACUAUGUCUGAGUCUGAGAAGCAGAUGCUGGUCUCGGAAGUGAACCUGCUACGAGAGCUGAGACACCCAAAUAUUGUGCGGUAUCACGACAGAAUCAUUGACAGAACCAACACAACCAUAUACUUGGUCAUGGAGUACUGUCAAGGGGGUGAUUUAAGUCAGGUUAUUUCAAAAUGUAAAAAGGAAAGGAGAUACCUAGAGAGUGACUUUAUAUGGAAGCUUUUCUCACAGCUGGUCUCAGCACUUCAAGAAUGCCACAAACGAGACAAUGGAAAGCACAUUCUGCACCGAGAUCUAAAACCUGCUAAUGUUUUCCUUGACUCAAACCAGAAUGUGAAACUUGGAGAUUUUGGACUAGCAAGGGUUCUGUCCCAUGACACAAGCAUGGCCAAGACGUUUGUAGGAACACCAUAUUACAUGUCUCCAGAGCAGAUGAACAAAAGUGGAUACAAUGCUAAGUCUGAUGUCUGGUCGCUGGGCUGUCUGUUGUACGAAGCAUGUGCAUUAACACCCCCCUUUCUUGCUGCCAAUCAAAAAUCUCUUGCUGAGAAAAUCAAGAUAGGACGUUUCCGUGCAAUACCAUCACAUUUUCCAGAGUCACUCAGCCAUCUGAUUUCUACCAUGCUCAGAGUAAAUGAUGAACUUCGACCAUCAAUAAGUGAACUUGCAGAAAAUCCCAUUUUGAAGAAAAAGAACAUUGAAAGGCUGACUACUUAUCCCUCUCUAACAACUGAAGUUGAUCGAAGAGAAGAUUCUUUGAAACAAAGAGAAAAAGACUUGGAUGAAAGAGAAAAAGACUUGGAUGAAAGAGAAAAAGAUCUGGGAAGUAAGUGCACAAUGCUCUAUUACACCAUGACCACUCAAGACUUGUUUAUAAACAUUGACAUUGCUAAUUCAACUCCAGGAAGAGAGAAGAUUCUAAAAGAACAAGAAAAAAUUCUGGAACAAAAAUUGUCUCGAACUGAAGUGCUUCUUAAUGAGCUACAGUUGGAAAGGAGAGAAUACAAACUGGACCUUGUGAAGAACAGGAAUUAUGUUUCAAACACAGCAUACCAAGAAUACAACAAUGAAAAUGAACAUUAUGAUAUGAACUAUAAUAGAUACUAUCAAUUAGAAAAAGCUGGCUUCUCAAACAAAUAUGAUGCAAAUUUUAGAAAAGCAUUGACAAGAGUUGGUUUGAAGACUACCGCAGCAGUGUUAGACACAGGUGUGCGAUACCCCCGGGGACACAUUGGAACAGAGGUAACAAGAAAAUUGGCGCAUAUGAGAUAACGUGAUGGUCUGGAAAUCUAUAUGUUGGUUUGUGAACAAAGAAAGUUAUAUA